AUGUAUUCUUCUGUGACAAAUAUUUAUCUUGUUACAGUGUUUUUUUACCUAGGAUACUGUAAAAAACCUCAAACAAAACGUGAACAAGGUACAUGGCGUGUAGAAUGUGAAUUGGGAAUUAUUUCUGACCCGGAUUGUCCAGUGGAUGGUGGCUGGUCGCCCUGGGGGCUAUGGUCACCCUGUCGGGGCACCUGUGACGAAGUUGGUCACCGUCGCCGAACUAGAGAAUGCAAUAAUCCUCCACCUAAAAAUGAUGGUAUUCCAUGUAAUGGACCAGACGAGCAAAUACAAACAUGCUAUCUUACCAACUGCACAGUAGCUGAUUACCGUACCCACAUAGAAGGCGAUGAAGCUAGAAUGAAAGCAUUUAGACAGUUAGAAGCCGUUCCUGCUCUCCUAGAACGCUGUUUGCUGAUGGAAUGUCCGUUCGAAGCGAUAGAAUCAGCCCUUGCGACUGACAACGCUUGGCAGCUGCAGGCGGAAGCACUUUGGGACUCUCUGCAAUGUGUGAAGUACAACAUGGGGUGCGAGGUGCAGGGGGCGUGGGGCAGCUGGGGCGCGUGGUCCGCGUGCGGCGCGCGCUGCGGGCCCGGCCUGCGCUGGAGACUGCGCCACUGCGACACGCCCCCACCCUCCUCAUCGAGCCUUGUGUGUUCCGGGACACCCAUCCAAGCAGAAAGCUGCGAAGGUGACCAGUGUGCCAUAACCAAUACUCACUCAGGCACACCUGCUGGCACCUGGAGUCAGUGGGGCAUGUGGUCGUCUUGCUCCGAGACAUGUGGGGUUGGAGUGAGGAGACGGCGGAGAACUUGCAAUGAGGUGCGUGCACCUGAAGAUGUGGAUACAUGGGGAACACACUGCCACGGACAACACGAUCAGUUAGACGUUUGCGUGGUCGAGAAUUGUACACUGAAUGGUGGGUGGUCAGGGUGGGGGCCCUGGAGUCCGUGCUCGCAGUCGUGCGGCGCGGGCCGGCGCUUCCGCUCGCGCUCGUGCACGCGCCCCACGCCGGCGGGACUGGGCACGCCGUGUGUCGGACCGAAGACAGAAGUUGGCUCCUGCCACGAGACCCCUUGUCAAGUUUAUCGACAUCUGCUUGCCUUGUUGCACGGAGAAAGUUACUUACAGUUUAACUUUGAAAACAAACGUUCUACUAUGUUUCAUUUCUAUAUAAGGUACAAACCUAUAUCCCCUCAUGGUGUCGUCGUCCGACGGGGAUCAGUUCUAAAGCCUCAGGUCAGAGUCACUUUGCAUAAUUGGCACGUUUGUGUUGAUGCCAAUGGAGCCCAUUCAACUUGCAGUCUCCCGCGGAUCUGCACACCAUCAGCUCUGGAGCCAGCCACGUGGCACUCAAUUCUGGUGUCAGUCACCACACAGUCAGUUACUCUAAGGGUCGAUGACGCCCAUGCUCCCAUCAAGGGAACGUUUCCGUGUGACCCACAGCUGACAGAUGAAAAAAUGAAUAUUUGGGUAGGAGAAAAAUUACACGGACAGAUACAAGAAGUUAUUCUUAACUUCAUACCACUUAAACUCAAAAUAGAGCAUCAGCAUAAACGAUCGUCAACGGAUUUUUUUCCGUACUUUGCCUCAAAUAUUGCCUAUGAAAAAAGUAGCGAAGAUGAAGCUUACUUAAAAUUGGAUAAUAAUCAUUUUUUGCGUUUACCAUGCUUCGCUGAUCAAGAUGAAUGGCGUCUAGAUCUUACUUUAAUGUCUGAAAGUCCAAGCGGAACACUUUUAUUCUUAUACUUUGAUAACAUGAACAACUGGCUUCAUGUGUUUUUAGUAAAUACACGACUGAAAAUACGUCUAGCUAUAGGCGAGUUCCGAUCUGAAAGCAGUAGUAGUACGGAAGUACCACAUGAACAAUGGUUUGAUGUAUCUUUGUCUAAGAAGAAAGAUUCGAAUGCCAUUGAAGCAUUGAUAAACAGCCGAGAGAAACUUCAUGUGGUGGGGAUUGCAAAGGAACAGCUAAAAAAUCGUAGUUCAGAAGCUAAAAUUACCAUGCCACCAAAUACUAGUCAGACAUCCUCAGUAAAAAGUAAGAAUACCACUGUAUCUAAUGUCACAAACAUAAAAAAAUCGGAAAAUUUCAGUAUUUGCGAUGAUGAGUUCUUCGUAGGCGGAGUAUCGUAUGAAGUACAAUCACGAGUGGCUGAAGAUUUUACACCAUUUACUGGAGUGGUAGCAGCCAUCAGUAUAAAUACUCUUUUGCAAGAUCUGCACGAUUGCAGUAAGGAGCGGACAAAGGAUAAUAUGGUUCAUGUUUCAUCCAGAACGGCAAGUGUUUCAGGACUCUACCACGAAACAGGAUGGGGAAAGUCAAAUCAACUGAAUUUAACCUGCCUUUACGCCAGAAAUAUAAAGUCACCAUACCAAGCGCAGUGGUUAUAUUUGGACACCGGUAUCGAUAACGUAGUUAAACAAAAAGUGGUUCGAUCUGUGGACGAUGGUAGAGUUCUCAGACUAGUGGCGACUGCAGAUAACGACCUUCGAGGAGUAUACACCUGUCGGGCCCAUUGCAAUAAGCGAAUAAGGAAUAUUGUAUCCUACGGAGUUUUAGGUAAAGUGCAGUAUACGCUGUCAGGUCCAGAUUUCACCACAGCUCUGGCCGUCUUUACUACCCUGACGCUUGUUAUUGUUACAAUUCUAUUCCUUAUACACGAAGGAAUCCAUGACCUUCGCAAUGGAUACGGCUUCUUCCGCGACCGCAACUUGUCGCCGCAGCAAGAGGCGGACGCGGUGUGCGCCUACAUCGACGAAAACAUUGAUCUCAUCGGCUCGGCCACCGAUGCACAAGCUGCCAAGGCGAGAGCACAGCGCAAAGGUCAGGAGAAUCUAAGCAGGAUGAGUUUCGGUGCACAGGAGCCUCAAGGUAUACGACAAGUAAGGAAACAUUUGGGUAAAUAUCUGGACUGUUCAUGUUCAUCCUCCAGUGAGUUGGAGUCGUUGCCAGCAUUACCACCAAUUAAGGAACAAAGACACCAGGAGUUGCGAUACGUUCAUAGUACGGCAUACAGGACCUCCCCCAACCGAUGUUCGACGAUAUCAGAAGGAGCUAGAAGUUUUAUUUCGUCUUGCUCGAUGGAUUUGCCACCAACUCCUAUAGUCUGCACUCGUUUGCUAAUAACUAAGAAAGCUUAUUCUCCUAGAUGUUCGUAUUUCCCUAAGAAAGGUUUCAUGCCAGGAAAAAGCUUGGUUUCCAGGAAGCGUCUUCCAACUAUAAAAUCCUCAUCAUCAUCUCUUUCUCCUGGCCAAAAGGUGCUUCAAAGGUUUCGUCAGCUUAAAAUGGAUGACGAUAGUGAAAUUAUAUAAAGUGUUGGCUUUUCUAUUUUGUUCAAACGCAUGACUGUAUGUCCUUGCCGACUUCAUAUUUUCAGCCGAUAAAUACUUAUAGGCUAACUAAAACAUAGAUAAUAUUAUGUUAAGCUUAAUUUUGUAAUUACAUAGGUAACCUAUCUAUUUAAUUUAUAACAAAAUAUCUACUUUAGUGCA